AGAGCUGAGGCGUCUGCUAACCGAGCGUGGCUGCGGUCCUCCGGUCUGGGGACCACAGCGCUGUGUACCCGGACUCAGGUACGUCUCAAGUCCAAAUUCUCCAAGCAUACUCAGCGUCCAGCUCACCGCUGCCACACGACGUCCGCUGUAGCCUUGAUCAGUUUACCUCGGUGCACAGGUGAAGAAAGGGGACUCGAAGCCUCCUGGAAACGCCUCCUGGGAGUGGAGGUGGUUGUGGAGGAUCAGGAGCAGGAGACGGAGGGGAAGGUGUCGGUAGUGCAGGCGGCGAAAACAUUUGAAGAGCGGCGCUGGCGAGCGGGACCCAGCCGGGAGAGGCAGGCGUGGGGCGUCCCGCGGUGCGCGCCCCGAGCUGGCAGCCGGGACCAGCGUGGGGACGUGGCUGGUCAGCUGUGGACCGCCUCCCCAUCACAAUGGUCCGGCUCCUGUUGGUUUUCUUCCCAGCGAUCUUUAUGGAGAUGUCUCUUCUCCCCAGAAGCCCUGGCAGGAAAGUGUUGCUGGCUGGAGCCUCAUCUCAGCGCUCGGUGGCCAGAAUGGACGGAGAUGUCAUCAUUGGGGCCCUCUUCUCAGUCCACCACCAGCCUCCGGCCGACAAGGUGCCCGAGAGGAAGUGUGGGGAGAUCAGGGAGCAGUAUGGCAUCCAGAGGGUGGAGGCCAUGUUCCACACGUUGGAUAAGAUCAACGCGGACCCGGUCCUCCUGCCCAACAUCACCCUGGGCAGUGAGAUCCGGGACUCCUGCUGGCACUCCUCCGUGGCUCUGGAGCAGAGCAUUGAGUUCAUCAGGGACUCUCUGAUAUCCAUUAGAGAUGAGAAGGAUGGACUCAACCGGUGCGUGCCUGACGGGCAGUCCCUCCCCCCAGGCAGGACUAAGAAGCCCAUUGCGGGCGUGAUCGGUCCGGGCUCCAGCUCCGUAGCCAUUCAAGUGCAGAACCUGCUCCAGCUCUUCGACAUCCCCCAGAUCGCAUAUUCCGCCACAAGUAUCGACCUGAGUGACAAAACUUUGUACAAAUACUUCCUGAGGGUGGUCCCUUCUGACACUUUGCAGGCAAGGGCGAUGCUUGAUAUAGUCAAGCGUUACAAUUGGACCUAUGUCUCUGCAGUCCACACAGAAGGGAAUUAUGGGGAGAGCGGCAUGGAUGCUUUCAAAGAGCUGGCUGCCCAGGAAGGCCUCUGCAUCGCCCACUCGGACAAAAUCUACAGCAACGCUGGAGAGAAGAGCUUCGACCGACUGCUGCGCAAGCUCCGGGAGCGGCUGCCCAAGGCCAGGGUGGUGGUCUGCUUCUGCGAAGGCAUGACGGUCCGCGGCCUGCUGAGCGCCAUGCGGCGCCUGGGCGUGGUGGGGGAGUUCUCCCUCAUCGGAAGUGAUGGAUGGGCAGACAGAGAUGAAGUCAUUGAAGGUUAUGAGGUGGAAGCCAACGGGGGAAUCACGAUAAAGCUGCAGUCUCCAGAGGUCAGGUCAUUUGAUGAUUAUUUCCUGAAACUAAGACUGGACACUAAUACAAGGAAUCCCUGGUUCCCUGAGUUCUGGCAACACCGGUUCCAGUGCCGCCUCCCAGGACACCUUCUGGAAAAUCCCAACUUUAAAAGAAUCUGCACAGGCAAUGAAAGCUUAGAAGAAAACUAUGUCCAGGACAGUAAGAUGGGCUUUGUCAUCAAUGCCAUCUAUGCCAUGGCACACGGGCUGCAGAAUAUGCACCAUGCCCUCUGCCCUGGCCACGUGGGACUCUGCGACGCCAUGAAGCCUAUUGAUGGCAGAAAACUCCUGGACUUCCUCAUCAAGUCCACGUUUGUUGGUGUGUCUGGAGAGGAAGUGUGGUUUGAUGAGAAAGGGGAUGCUCCUGGAAGGUAUGAUAUCAUGAAUCUGCAGUACACGGAAGCCAAUCGCUAUGACUAUGUACAAGUGGGGACCUGGCACGAAGGGGUGCUGAACAUCGAUGACUACAAAAUCCAGAUGAACAAGAGUGGAAUGGUGCGGUCCGUGUGCAGCGAACCUUGCCUGAAAGGUCAGAUUAAGGUCAUACGGAAAGGAGAAGUGAGUUGCUGCUGGAUCUGCACUGCCUGUAAAGAGAAUGAAUACGUGCAAGAUGAGUUCACCUGCAAAGCUUGUGACUUGGGGUGGUGGCCCAAUGAAGAUCUCACAGGCUGCGAACCCAUUCCUGUCCGCUAUCUUGAGUGGAGCAAUAUCGAGUCCAUCAUAGCCAUCGCCUUCUCUUGCCUGGGCAUCCUCGUUACCUUGUUUGUCACUCUCAUCUUCGUGCUGUACCGGGACACCCCGGUGGUCAAGUCUUCCAGCCGAGAGCUCUGCUACAUCAUCCUCGCUGGCAUCUUCCUGGGUUACGUGUGCCCUUUCACUCUCAUCGCCAAACCUACCACCACAUCCUGCUACCUCCAGCGCCUCCUGGUGGGCCUCUCCUCUGCCAUGUGCUACUCGGCUCUAGUGACCAAAACCAACCGCAUCGCGCGCAUUCUGGCUGGCAGCAAGAAGAAGAUCUGCACGCGGAAGCCCAGAUUCAUGAGCGCCUGGGCCCAGGUGAUCAUCGCCUCCAUUCUGAUUAGCGUGCAGCUAACCCUGGUGGUGACCUUGAUCAUCAUGGAGCCCCCCAUGCCCAUUCUGUCGUACCCAAGUAUCAAGGAAGUCUACCUUAUCUGCAAUACCAGCAACCUGGGUGUAGUGGCCCCUGUGGGCUACAAUGGACUCCUCAUCAUGAGCUGUACCUACUAUGCCUUCAAGACCCGCAACGUGCCCGCCAACUUCAAUGAGGCCAAAUACAUCGCCUUCACCAUGUACACCACCUGCAUCAUCUGGCUGGCUUUUGUGCCCAUUUACUUUGGGAGCAACUACAAGAUCAUCACGACCUGCUUUGCAGUGAGCCUCAGUGUCACAGUGGCCCUGGGGUGCAUGUUCACUCCCAAGAUGUACAUCAUCAUUGCCAAGCCCGAGAGGAACGUCCGCAGUGCCUUCACCACCUCUGAUGUCGUCCGCAUGCAUGUCGGCGACGGCAAGCUGCCCUGCCGCUCCAACACCUUCCUCAACAUUUUCCGAAGAAAGAAACCAGGGGCAGGGAAUGCCAAGAAGAGGCAGCCAGAAUUCUCGCCCACCAGCCAGUGUCCGUCGGCACAUGUGCAGCUUUGAAAACCCCCACACUGCAGUGAAUGUUUCUAAUGGCAAGUCUGUGUCAUGGUCUGAACCAGGUGGAAGACAGGUGCCCAAGGGACAGCACAUGUGGCACCGCCUCUCUGUGCACGUGAAGACCAAUGAGACGGCCUGCAACCAAACAGCCGUCAUCAAGCCCCUCACUAAAAGUUACCAAGGCUCUGGCAAGAGCCUGACCUUUUCAGAUACCAGCACCAAGACCCUUUACAACGUGGAGGAGGAUGCCCAGCCGGUUGGCUUCAGCCCUCCCAGCAGUCCUUCUAUGGUGGUGCACAGACGCGCGCCAACGGCGGUGAGCACCCCACCUCUGCUGCCCCACCUGACUGCGGAGGACACCCCCCUGUUCCUGGCUGACCCCACCAUCCCCAAGGGCUUGCCCCCUCCCCUCCAGCAGCCGCAGCCGCAGAAAUCUUUGCUGGACCAACUACAGGGAGUGGUCAACAAUUUCAGCACCGGGAUCCCGGAUUUCAACGCGGUGCUCGCAGUCCCCGGGGGUCCAGGAAACGGGGUGCGGUCCCUGUACCCGCCUCCGACGCCCCCCCAGCACCUGCAAAUGCUCCCGCUGCAGCUGAGCACCCCGGGGGAGGAGCCUGCCUCCCCCGGGGCGGAGGAUGAGGACGACAGCGAGAGGUUCAAGCUCCUCCAGGAGUAUCUGUACGAGCGGGAGGGGAACACGGAGGAAGACGAACUGGAGGAGGAGGGGGAGGACCCGCUGGCGGCCAGCAAACCCACCCCGGAGGACUCGCCAGCCCUGACGCCUCCGUCGCCUUUCCGCGACUCCGUGGCGUCGGGCAGCUCGGUGCCCAGCUCCCCGGUGUCCGAGUCGGUGCUCUGCACCCCUCCCAACGUGACCUACGCCUCCGUCAUUCUGAGGGACUACAAGCAAAGCUCUUCCACCCUGUAGGGGAGGAGGCGUCCGCAUGGAAGAACAGAAGGCAGUGAGCCCGGCCUGCGGGACGUGCAGAAGGCAGGGGAGCCUGGGCGUGGACGGGGCGUCCGAAGGGGAGGGGAGGCUGGGCCGCCGAAAGUGGGGCCCAGCAAGGAAUGACCCAGGCCAGGAUUCUCAUUCUUGAAUUAUUUAAAGCCUCCUCUGGGAAGAAAAGGAAUUCUGACAAAGCACAAUCCCGUGUAGUAUGAACUUUUAUCAUAAAAAUAAAUCAGUAAAAUAAAAUCGACAAAAACAACCUCCCUUUUUUGCCCAAGUGCUGCCCAAAUACACUGGGACGGUUUGCAAAGGGGCAGCACCUGAGGCCAGUGGAGGUGAAUUAGGAGUACCCCUCAUGAUGGCCCUGGUGAGCCUGGCGGAGCCAGACGAGCAGGUGGGUGGCGGAGGGGCGGGCAUGGAACCACCAGAGAGCCGAGGAGGGGAC